CCAGGUAAGCUGUGUGCCUCCCAGGGAUGGACAUGGCAAAAUGCAGCUGGUUCCCUGUCCAAGACUUGGGUGGUCUUUGCUCUUUCCCCUCAGACUUUGAGAUGUUCCAGCUGGAGGCCAUGCUGGCCUUACUGAUUCUUGCCUUCUUGGGGACCCCCACGGUUUUGACACAAGAUUAUCAUGGUCCAGAAGUUGGAAAACAUUCCUGCACUAGUGCACCUGAAGGAAAAAAUAUAACAAGUAUCCGGGUAUUUCUUCAGGCUAGAUUGAUUGUUGGAAUUCAGCUCAACUAUAAUGACAACGAGGACGGUCAAGUGUAUGGCUCUACUGCCGGGAAGGUGAUGGUAGCCAGACUGUCUAAGGAAGAGCACAUCAUUGGGGUCGAAGGCACAUAUAAUCCUUCUGCUUUAACUCAGAUAGUCUUUACAACCACUCAGCCGCGCCUGCUAAUGGUGGGGUAUCUCGUGGGUAAUUAUCAGUACUCUAGCUACCCUGAUGAUCCCAGCCUUGUGCUCAAGGGAGCUUGUGUCUCUUGGAGGGCAGGUGGCAUAAAGAGUAUCUUGUUUUUGUGGGGAAGUGAAAACAGUUCAUGUGUGAAAUAUGGCCACUCAGGCUGAAGUGGUCUGUGUCAGGUACUUCCAAACUGAACCCAUGAAUAAAUACAACAUCUGCAUGA